UCUCAAACAAGUCUAUAAAUACGAACCCGAAGUCCAUGGGUAAGACUCGCAAAAAGCCCUAGGAAGCAGCUAAGGGGUCUCUCUUCUCUCUCUCUGUCUCUCUUCGCAUCCUUUUUUUUUGGGUGGAUAUCUCUUCGCAUCCUUGUUUUAUCAUCUUCAGUUUGAGAGAAUGGAAACUUUCCUAUUCACUUCCGAAUCUGUGAAUGAGGGUCACCCAGACAAGCUCUGUGAUCAGAUAUCUGAUGCAGUUCUCGAUGCCUGCCUUGAACAAGAUCAAGACAGCAAAGUUGCCUGUGAGACUUGCACCAAGACUAACAUGGUCAUGGUCUUCGGUGAAAUCACAACCAAAGCCGCGGUAGACUAUGAGAAGAUUGUGCGUGACACAUGCCGCACCAUUGGAUUUGUUUCCGAUGAUGUUGGUCUUGAUGCUGAUAAUUGCAAGGUUCUAGUCAACAUCGAGCAACAGAGCCCUGAUAUUGCCCAGGGUGUCCACGGUCAUCUCACUAAGCGCCCCGAGGAGAUUGGUGCUGGUGACCAGGGUCACAUGUUUGGCUAUGCCACAGAUGAAACUUCCGAGCUGAUGCCCCUCAGCCAUGUCCUUGCAACCAAACUUGGUGCCCGCCUCACUGAAGUGCGAAAGAAUGGAACUUGCCCCUGGUUGAGACCUGAUGGCAAAACCCAAGUCACUGUUGAGUAUUACAAUGACAAAGGUGCCAUGGUUCCAAUUCGAGUCCAUACCGUUCUUAUCUCCACUCAGCAUGACGAGACUGUUACUAACGAUGAGAUUGCUGCUGACCUCAAGGAGCAUGUCAUUAAGCCUGUCAUCCCCGAGAAGUACCUUGAUGAGAAGACCAUCUUCCACCUCAACCCUUCUGGCCGAUUCGUCAUUGGUGGGCCACAUGGUGAUGCUGGUCUCACUGGUCGAAAAAUCAUCAUCGAUACCUAUGGUGGUUGGGGAGCCCAUGGUGGUGGUGCCUUCUCCGGUAAGGACCCCACCAAGGUAGACCGAAGUGGGGCUUACAUUGUUAGGCAGGCUGCCAAGAGCAUUGUUGCCAGUGGGCUUGCUCGCCGGUGCAUUGUGCAGGUCUCGUAUGCCAUUGGUGUGCCCGAGCCAUUGUCAGUGUUUGUUGACACAUAUGGCACAGGAAAGAUCCCAGACAAGGAGAUUCUCAAGAUCGUGAAGGAGAAUUUUGACUUCAGGCCUGGAAUGAUAUCCAUCAACUUGGAUCUCAAGAGGGGUGGCAAUGGAAGGUUUUUGAAGACUGCUGCAUACGGGCACUUUGGAAGAGAUGACGCUGACUUCACAUGGGAGGUGGUGAAGCCCCUUAAAUGGGAUAAGCCCCAGGAUUAAGUUUCUGCAAAUUCAAUUACUUUGCAAGGGAUCAAUUAAUAAUCUGUCUGUUCUUUGCCGCUGCUCUCUAACGUAGGAGUUUGCCUAUUGUUUGCUUGUUAUUGUGUUUCAUUUUCUUGUUUUUUUUUUUUUGUGUUUUUAUUUUUCGAGUCUGUCUUGAUCAUAUGAGAUGAUGCUGUUUAUGAAUGAAGUAUUAUUAUUGUCAUAGUUGGAUUUAAAACAAGUAUGAAAGAGCUGUACUAAAUAUAUUUUCAUUCAAGAAAAUAGCUGUGUGUAAGGGGGUCAGCUGCAGAGCAGCAGCAUUGUAUUAAUGAUUUAUUUGUUAACCAGUGAGAUUAUGAAUUGUUCAACAAUUUAUAUCCA